AGCCAUGAUGUCGAUGAGCGCGACUUAACAGCAUUAGUUAUUUCUGAUUGGUCAAAAAUAUAACUCGGCUACUCAAUACAGUAUCAUAAAACGAAUAAAUAAUACAUUAAUUUUUAUUAUUUUCGACAAUUAAUUAAAAGAAAUUCUAUUGAAUCAAGUUUGAAGUAUUAGAUUUUUAAUUAAGUCGGUUUAUUAUUUUUUAAAUCAAUAUAAUACAUUUGUUAGAUACUCGCUUGAUUGCUGUCAACAAUUGACAGUUGUCAAAUUUCAUGUCUAUACAUAUGUAGUAGAUUAAAAUAAAAAUAUAAAAAUGAGAUCGUCAAAUAAUAAUUUAAGAAAAUCAAAAAACAGAUACAAUAAAAUAAAUUUGAUAUUCGACGAAAAUAAAAGAAGAGAAUUUUUAACUGGAUUCCAUAAAAGGAAAUUACAACGUAAAAAGGAAGCUAAAGAAAAAUUCGAAAGGGAUCUAAAGGAGGAAAGGAAACGAAUAAAAGCCGAAGCAAAGGAAUCUUAUAAAAAAUUAGUAGUUUCACAUAGACCGAUUCCGGAGCUGGAAGAUUUAUUAAGCGAAAAAUACGAAGAUGAAGACGUAACUGUGAAAGUGUUAGAGCUCUCGACUAACGAUAUAGCGAAACAAAACAAUUGGAUAGGAACAAAUCAACCAAAAUACGAAGAUAUUGAUGAAGAUGAAAGUGAUAGUGGAAACGUCGAAGAAAACGAAAUCCCCGGUAUGGAAUUGAAACGAAAACCGAUAUUGAGUAAAAAGAAACAAGAAAAAAUAACGAAAUUUAAUUCGGAAAAAGAGGUUAAAAAGAUAUUGAAGAAACAGGCGACGAAGAGCAUGAAGAAAAGUAAAGUUUUCCAGAUGAAAAAUAAAAUGGAACGGCAAAAACAAAAGAAGAAAUCCAUGCAAAUGAAGAAGGAAAGGGUGAAAAUUCGAGAGAAAAAGGGGAGAAGAAACAAAAGAGGAAAGAAUAAAGGAGGGAACUAUAAUGAGUGAGUGAGUAAGCUUUGUGUUUUAUAUUUUUUUCACAUGGAUUUUUCUGUAAAUAUAUUUUUUUUAAAUUGAUUUUCAAUUUUUUUGGUGUUUUUUCAAAAUAUUUCGUGUAUUUUUGUCACAACUAAGCUUGUGGUUAUUUGAUUCAUAUUUGGAAUCUUAACAUAAUGUUUAGUAGAUAUAGAUACUUCUCCCUGUAUGUUUAAUUUUUGGUGAAUACAUUUAACAUAUAGUUGCAUGGACUGCCGCUCCUCGUAUUUUUCUUAGCAGAAGGUGAAGUGAUAAAACAUUGGUAAUAAUAUAAUAUCACGGUCCCAUUGUAGAUAAUUGAAAAAUCGACCAAUUUCAAUGAAUUUUUUUUCAAAAAACUUCAUUUUUUUGCCGAAAUUGUGAAAAAAUAGAUGGAAAAUAGUCUCCACAGCAAAAAGAAAAGUGGUGAAACCUUGGUAAUUUAAUAUUAUCGCGUUUCCCUCGUAUUUUGGGUCCAUAAAAUCGAAAAAUCUUCUGAUUUUAUGAAUUUUUUGCAAUAAUCUUUGUUCUUAUGCCAAUUUUAUGAAAACAAUAUGGAAAAUAGUCUCCCCAACUAAAGGUAAAGUGGUAAACCUUGGUAAUUUAAUAUUAUUGCGAUUCCCUCGUAUUUUGGGUCUAUAAAAUCGAAAAAUCUUCUGAUUUUAUAAAUUUUUUUGGAAAAAUCUUUGUUGUUUUGGCAAUUUUAUGAAAACAAUAUGGAAAAUAGUCUCACCAACUAAAGGUAAAGUGGUAAAACCUUGGUAAUUUAUUACUAUCGCGAUUUCAAUGAAGUUUUUCCAAAAAUCUUCAUUUUUUCCGAAUUUAUGAAGAAAAAUAUGGGAAAUAGUCUUCCCAACAGAAAUUAAUUGGUUUAAUAUGGAUAAAAUUACGAAUAUGCGCUGUUGCCAAUUGUUUUGGGAUUGUCACAAGCAAAAUGUCAAUUAAAACAAAAGUUUAGUUAGUUUACAUUUGAUAUAAUUCUGUAUAUUCUAAUUUGAAUAAUUAAAAUUAAAGAUCAACUACAGACCAUUAAUAAACUUACCUUACAAUCCAAUUUUAUUGAGGUUAUGUACUCUAAAACUACGUAUAUUUAAGAAAAACGUCACCGAUGUCAUUUUGUUUACAUUUUAAUCCUACAGAUGUCGCUCAAAAGGUAAGUUACUCGUAUAAAAACUAUAAUUCGAAUUCCAGGAUGAAAAUUGCAAUAAAUAAACUACAAAUUCAUAAUUCGAAUUUUUAUUUAAAAAAAUAAAGGAAAUA